GCUUCAACAUGUCAUGUCAUACUUUUCGUGAUUAGAUAUCCGAGCAAAAUAUUUUAAUUUUUGCUGUUGUUUAGCAUUACUGUUUUGUUUAAUAUGUUGAUAUAUUAUUAUUAAUGUAGGUUUAUUUAAAUUACGCAAUUUUUCAUAGCGGGUUUUCUCGUUUAUUUGUAGUAUAAUAGAAUCUAUCGAAUAAUGGAUCUUGAAGAUAAUGCAUUGGGCUUAACCCAAGAACAAACAGAUAAAAUUCUGCAAUUUCAAGAUUUAACUGGUAUAGAAGACAUGUCGAUAUGUAGAGAUGUAUUACAAAGACAUCAGUGGGAUCUAGAAGUUGCGAUACAGGAGCAAUUAAAUAUUAGGGAGGGACGGCCAUCAGUGUUUGCUACAGAAGCCAGGGCUCCUCCUGUGGUUCAUGAUCAUAUAGCCCAGCAGAUUUUUACAGAUGAACCCCCAGAGGGACCUGGCGGCAUGCGUGGACUAUUGCGUUAUGUUGUCAAUUUAGUUGUAUCAAUGUGCUACAAUACAAUAUCAUCUGUAUUAAAUCUGCUUUUAAGUUUUGUUAGAAAUGAUGAUAGAAGAUUAGUGACAGAUCCAUUAGGAGAUGUGAUGGGUUUUAUCAGUAGCUACACAUCCCGCUACAACCCCCAUCCAGUGUUCUACCAGGGCACAUAUGCACAAGCUCUCAAUGAUGCCAAGAAUGAGUUGAGAUUCCUCAUUGUAUAUCUUCAUUCAGACUCUGCCACAGAAACACAAAAUUUCUGCAGAUCAACUUUAGCAGAUCCAGAAGUCAUUCAGUACAUAAACACCCAUGCCCUGUUUUGGGGGUGUUCAGUAGACACUGCAGAGGGUUGGCGGGUGGCACAGUCAGUAGGCGGGCGCCGAUACCCUUUGCUGUGUGUGGUGUGUGUUCGUGAGCAUCGAAUGACAGUUGUUGCGAGAAAUGAAGGUUCAUGUUCUUCAGCGCAGCUAUUACAGCGAUUGCGUCAUGUUGUCAAUGACAAUGAGCCACACCUUGCAGCUGCUAGAGCUGAUCGUGUGGAGCGGGAAGUGACCGCGCAGCUGCGCGCGGCGCAGGACGAGGCCUACGCGGAGUCGCUGGCGGCCGACCAGGAGAAGGAGCGCCGCCGAGCCGCCGACCGUGCCGCGCGCGUCGAGCGCGAGAACGAGGACCUGCGCCGCAGAUUGUGGGAGGAGCGCCGCAGGGAGGAGAUGAUCGAAGCGCGGGCUGCGAUGGCGGCGCGGCUGCCCGCGGAGCCGGCCGCCGGCGCGGGGACGGUGGUGUUGCUCAUCCGGCUGCCCGGCGGCGAGCGGCUCACCAGGCGGUUCACGCUCGCACACACCACCCAGGAUCUGUACGACUUCGUGUUCAGUCAUCCACAAUCUCCCGAGGAGUUUGAGAUAACGACAAAUUUUCCAAAACGCGUGCUGGAAUGCGGUGAUGCUAACCUAGUUGACGCUGGACUCAAGGAUCGCGAUGUUCUCUUCGUCAACGAUGUGAACGCAUAAAUCUUCCCUUAACAUUGAUAGUUUAAUGUGGACAAGAUAUUAUGUGAAAUGAUUGGGUGGAGAUUGACAAACCGUGAUUGAGUGAACGUGUAAGUGAACCCUGAGAUAGUAAUGAAAAUAUACGGCUCUCAAUUGUGCUGUUGAAUUAAAUAUCUAUAUACUAACUAAAAUGAAUUACAUAUAUUUUUUGUAAUAUACAUUCUAAAUUUUCAAUUUAAGAACUGCUGUAACCAAAUACAAAUUAUCUGGGCCGCGGAUGUCUCUUAAGGAUAUUGCUAUUUUAUUUUAAACCCAAGAAAUUUAUGCAUUUUAUACAGUAUAGCAGCAGUAUAUUUUGUUCUAAAAAUUAAUAUUACUUUACGAUAUAUAAGAUUGGUCAUAUAGUUAUAUGAUACAGCACUGGAGUUAUAUGAAAUUGUACAGAUGCAUAUAUUCCUCAAAUCUUUCUCAGUUCUGUUUUCUAUUAUAUGGCGGAAAGUUUAAUAAUAUAAUUUUGUAAUUAAAUUGGGUCUAUAUAUUUUCGUUAAAGAUUGACAAGUGACAACAAUAAUAAAUGUUUUGGGUCGGGUUAAACUGAUAGAAUGACAGUGAAAAGCACUAAAUCUGUCGCGGGGCAUAAUGAGCACUCUUUAAAAGCUGUUUUUUAUUAUUCAUUAAUUACGCAAUUAUGACGUAGUGUAAAAUCAACAUUUAAUCUAAAUCAGUCAUUUUAGACCAUGUAUAAGCACAUGGCAAUUUAGUUCAUCCUUUGCUCUUUUCAAACAAGUUUAUUGAUAUUAAUGAAUUAGAUCUAUUCACUUUUCACUGACACUCUGUCGGCCUCCAUUGAAAAUUAAAAGAAUUCGAAAAUAUAUGAUAAUAUAAUGAAAGUUUGCUCCAUUUUCUAGACGACAUAUUUUCGUUCAAGUGAUUGACGCCAUUAAUGCGUUAAUUAAGUUAGAGCUGCAUGUCCUCAGUCCUAAAUAGUCCUAUAUAUUACAUACACAUUUUGAAUAAUAUUAUAAUAAAUACUGAGAGUAGGGAAAACUCAAGUUUAUAUUUCACAGAAAAACAGGUGACAAUAUAAUAAUCAAAUAGGUAUGUGUGGUUGUACUAUGUAAUUAAUAAUUGUAAUAGAAAUAUAAUCUGCGACAUAAUAACAGAACGGCGCGUUAGAGUAUAUCUUCUAUAUUUUUUGAAUUGAUGAAAAUAAAGUUUUCAAUAUAAAGGCAAAAAAUAAUGUGUGCAAACUAAAUGUAAUAGAAAUAUUCAACUGUUUUUGCUGGCUUGCCUUAUGUUUUUUGCCUUAAAACCUCUGUUAUAUUGAUUUAGAAAAGACAAUA